GUGCUUCUUCCUCGCGCCCGCCUCCUCUAGUCACCUCCCGUCUCAGCCUCCCUGCUCCAUCCCCGCCGCAUCAACGGCCAGCCGAGCGCCUCCGUGAGCGAGAGGUGGUGCGCGGGGCUGCAGGGCGCGCCCUCCAGCGGACCCCGGCCCGGCAUUGGGGGGCACGGGCAGCAGCAUGGACACCAAGCGCUGCUUCGCCAACCGCUUCGAUGACUACCAGGGCAGUCUGCUGGCGGGCCAGUGCGAGGAGGCGGUGGCGCCCUUGGUCACCGCCACCAUCGAGCGCAUCCUUCAGGAGCUGCCCCCGCUCGGGGGCGGUGCUGAGGCCCGGGGGGCGGCGGCCGCGGCCAGCAGCUGCCAAGGCGGGCUGUACGGCGGCGUGGCCGGGGUGGCCUACAUGCUCUACCACGUCUCGCAGAGCCCGCUCUUUGCCGGGGCCCGGGAGCGCUACCUGCGCUCGGCCAAGCGCCUCAUUGACGCGUGCGCCCGCGCCGAGGAGUGGGGCGAGCCGGACGCCGACACCCGCGCUGCCUUCUUGCUCGGGGGAGCGGGCGUGUACGCCGUGGCCACGCUCGUGUACCACGCCCUGGGCCGGUCCGACUACGUGCAGCCGCUCGGCAAGUUCCGGGCUCUGUGCGCCGUCUGCGCGCCGGUCUCCUUCCUGGAGUGCGGCUCGGACGAGCUGUUCGUGGGCCGCGCGGGCUACCUGUGCGCCGCGCUGGUGCUCAAGCAGAAACUCGCCCAGGAGGUACUGACCCCAGCACAGAUCAAAUCAAUUUGCCAGGCGAUUCUGGACUCUGGGAAGCAGUAUGCCAUGAAAAAAAGGAAACCAUUCCCCCUGAUGUAUUCUUAUUAUGGAACUGAAUACCUGGGAGCAGCUCAUGGCCUGUCGUCCAUUCUCCAAAUGCUUCUGUCUUACCACGAGCACCUCAAGCCCUCAGAUCAGGAGCUGGUAUGGCAGAGUGUGGACUUCCUCAUGGAGCAGGAACAGAACUGCAACUGGCCACCCGAGCUCGGCGAGGCCAUCGAGAGAGAGAACGAGCUGGUGCACUGGUGCCAUGGCGCCCCAGGAAUUGCCUAUCUGUUUGCCAAAGCUUAUCUGGUUUCCAAAAAACCACAGUACCUGGACACGUGUAUCCGGUGUGGGGAACUUACGUGGCAGAAGGGCCUGCUAAAGAAGGGGCCGGGGAUUUGCCAUGGUGUUGCCGGCAGUGCUUAUGUCUUCCUGCUGCUCUACCGCCUCACUGGAAACUCGAAAUACAUCUACCGAGCCCAAAGAGACCUGAGGUCAUUCUUUACUACACUUCUGGGGACAAGAAUUCUGAAAAUUGCCACAAGUGUCUCUACAUAAGAAAAAUUUUGUGUCUUCCCCCCCUUCUCCACUCUUCUUGGAGCCUACCUAUCUCUACUUAUUCUUUGUAUUCAGAAUCACCCGAGAGCCAAGAUACAUUGUCUUGUUCUAGAGCCACCUACUAAAUUGAAACCAGCAGAUUGUUUUAAUGUCUUGCGCAUGGACGUAGGUCUUCAGAAAGUACCCAAAUACACACCUUCCUCUCAUGCUUUCAGAAAUUAUGAGCACUCUAGAAAGACGAGGGGAGAAACAUCUGAAUGUGCAUAUGUGUAAACACAGAAUACAGUCUCUUAAGUAGAGUAAUGCCACCCUGCUGUUGCUUUUUUAUAUUUUGUGUGUGGUGUUGAUUUACAUGCUUUAAUGUGUACUGUUUUUGUAAAGUGAGUAAAGUAGCCGUGUUAGCAAUCAGUUUAAAGAAGAUACAAACUAUACUUAGCAGCUGUCAAUCUUCAGCAAAUGACCUUUUUGCCUUUGUUUUAGUGGGACCUCUGAAGCUGCCCCCAUAAGUUUUGUUUUGCUAUCUGUGUGCUUAAGUGGCAAUUACUGAUUAUCAACUUCUUUGCUGAAUUUGGUCCAAGUUGACUGCAGUAACUCUUAUAAUGUGUAUGUAUUCAAAUAAGAAGAUUGAUCUUAAUGAUCAGUUUUGUCUCUGUUUUUUAGGACUUUAGUAUUUCAAUAUUAGAAAUGUCUUCUGAAGACGAGCAGCAGAAUCCCUUUGCUCUUGAAAAUGCAAAGUGUACCAUUGGUUUUAUAUAGACUCUCCAGGAGUAGGAGUGGAACAUUUGAAAUGCAAGAGUUUGGUUUUAGAAUCUGUCUGAUAAUGACGGGCAGCCCCUUCUCUAAAAAGGUAACAGCUCCCCCAACUAUGAACAUCUGGGGGAGCUCUACUUGGAAAGGCAGUCUGAAUUUUAAUCUCAUGGAUUUAAAGGCACUAAAUUAACAAACAUUUUUAAAAAUGGAUUUUGUAGAAUCCAAUUAUUAAGGAAACACUUUGCAAAGCCAUAUAUUGGGGACUAGUCAAGCACCACAUGCUAGUUUUGGAGUGAGCAUUUACCAAGUGAAUAGAAUUUACUUCACCAAAAAGAUUUUUUGCACAAUUGACAAUACUUACAGUAAUAUGAUUGUAUCAUUGGAGGAAAAAAAGCUCACCCUCCUAAUGAUACAUUUCACAUUCUCUAGUAAACUAGUGCAAUUACUUAUUAUUUUAGGGGAUACAAAAGAAUAAUCUGUCAAUAGAAUAUAACUGCUUAUUCCUAAUUGUAUCUAGGAUUGAAUACAUACUAUUAUUUAAAGCAGUAUUAAAUUUUGAAGAACUGAUCAAUAAAUUAAUAUUAAUAAAACUGUACUCUUUGCAAUACACUUGCCUCAGCACAAAUGCAGAGUUAACAUAAAACUAUUAAAAAAUACACCAAAUAGAGAUUAGUUGUUAUUACCUUAAACUCCUGAUUUCCAUUAACAUUAAAUCCAACACCAGUUAUCUGUUGCCUAUAACUAAAAUUUUGAAAGUCUUGCACACAAAAUGAGAGGCUUCUUCAAAAAUGCCUUUUUGCCAAAAACAGGUUCUACGACCUCUUGCUAAUUAUAUUUCUUUAGGGGUACUUUGAGGCACGUUCAAAGACGAAUCGUUAGCAGUUAGGUCUAAAUUUAGAGCAGAACAUUCUGCCAGAUAUUUUACUAUAUCACAAAAUGUUGUAGUACUGUAUUUUAUAAUGAAACCAAAUUCUCAAGUAUUCUGGUAUGUUACAUAUUAUUAUUAUACCAAAAAACCACUUUCUAUAAGUCUGUUAUUAUGUACAUAUUUUAAAAAAUGGGUAUUUCAGUCCUAGGGAGAAAGUAUAAUGCAAUACGUGACAUUAAAUUGGUCUUUAGUCAAAAUCCAUUUAGGUAUUACAGGGAAAGAGCAAUCAUAGGCUUGAAUGUAUACAUUAUUUUCAAGGACAAAAUGGUAGAUGAUAAUACAUAAAGACACGGUCACUGGGGCAAGUUAGCUGGUGUGCAUACUGAGAAGGAUCAACUUGCAAAUGCUCAUCAGAUUUUAGCUUUUGCUCUUGGUUGUUCCUGGAGGGGAAGUGCUACAGUCAGUUGAUCUUGCCUCCCCUUCAUGUGGGGGGGAGCUUUUCUCACAGUCACUGCAUGGUAUAAUGACAUCUCUUUAGAAGCAAGAUUGAGUCAGAAGCUUAGAGAUGCACCUUACUGUUUUAAAAACUGCUGUUAUGAUGUUCUAAACACUGUGAUCUUUCCAAAUGUGUUUUCUGUAUUAGUUUUGUACUGUAGAAAAUAAUUCACCAUAAACUGGACUCUGUAGUGUUAAAAGCAAUGUUAUUUCUGGCUUAUCUUUCCCCAUAUUUAUGUACAGUCUACUUAAUAAUAUGAAACCUGUGAUAAUUCUUUGCCUUAAAAUAAAAUCCAAGGCUAAAUAUUGAGUGUGCUCUAAUUAAUAAUUCUA